GGAGAGUACGUGUCCUGCCUGCUGUCGCUCCUCCGUCAGAUGACAGACAUCCACUUCCAACGACUGGUGGAAAACUUCCAGAGCAAAGAUGAGCUGAAGGAGUUCUUGUUGAAGAUCUUGUGUGUGUUCAGAAAUCUGAUGAAGCUCAGCAUUUUCCCUCGAGACUGGAACAUCAUGAGGCUGCUCACCAGCAACAUCAUCCUGACCACAGCUCAGUACCUCUCUCCCGCUCUGCACAAGAACUUCACUGAAGCUGAGUUUGACUUUAAGGUACGGCACUUUAACCCUUCGAUGCCCGAGUGGCUGGACCCACACUCUUCCAUAACCCCCCCAUCAAUCAAUGCCGGUUGA